CCCUUUGUGCUGGUGAUUGGAAAAGAUGACCCUCCUCUCUGAGUUGCACCCUUUUUAUCGUCAAUUUAAUCCCUUCAUGGUGUUUUUCCCUGUUGGUGAAAUAACUAGUUUACUGUAUAUGGAUAUGUGUAUUUUUCUCAGCUGCAAGGUUACCUUACAGUUCUCUUGCUUUCUCGGUUCUGUCUUGGCAAAAUCAGAUGUUGAUAAACUGACAGAUGACAGAGUAAAAUUUCUGAUCAUUAAUAUUGUCAAUGGGCAGAUUCCUGGGAUAUUCCUGGCCAGCCCCCAUCAUGCUGUCGGAAUUUUGCAACAUUGCAAGAAUGAUUGCUAUGUGGGGAGGUUUAAUUUAGGUACUUAAUCACUUUUUUCAAUUAGCCAGUAGUACUUUCCUGAAAUGCUGCCAAAAGUCAAAGUCGCUGUUUCAUCCACCUUUUUCAGAGACAUUAGUACAGCAAGGACAGCAAGGAAUUAAAUAAAACGAACUUGAAGUGGGCACACUUACUCAUUACUGUGAAAGUGGUUUAUGUUGAUUUUUUUGACACUCUUAUGGCUAAAAAAAUUCUGAAGGAUGCAAAUUAUUUUUCUAUGGUCAAAUAGUUCACUUUUAUUUAGGGCUAUACUGUAGCAAGUAGGAAGUAAAACUGCUGUUCUGCCCCUUCAGCCACCAAAGGUAUUCAGUGAUGACAAUGAGCAAAAUUACAAAACUUAUAAUUAUGAAAAGAGAGCAAUGAAGGAACGUGUAAAUACACAUAUGCAGUUUUGGCUUGUUAUUUCAGUAUGUUAUUUCUGCCUGUUUGUGACAAAAAUUGGUUUCUUUUUGGUCUUUUCCCAUAGUGUCAGGAUCCUCAGUCAUGAAAUAAACUCCAAGCUUUACAAUUCCUGAAUUUGCUAUUUGAUGCUAUUUUAGCAGGUAAUUAUGGAACUCCACUGCCAAGAUGAGUCCCUGCUUUGUUUUCACAGUACAAUUCCUUUUAUUUUAAACUCACCUUGACUACUUGGUAACCAUAAGGCUAGGUGUAAUUUUAGAGCCUGUUACCUCAUCUUUAAAAGACUCCCACUGCUUUAGUGUGGAUGUGUUUGGCACUAUAGAUGAAUAUCUUCUCCUUACUAUGCAGUAAUGGAAUUGCCUGCUGGGCAGUGCAGUCAGUGGCCAGAAUCCUACUGGUCACAUUCGUGACUGUGGGUGACCUUGAUGUGCAGAAUUGAACUACCUUACCAGACAAGCUUUUUAGUUUAUAAAAGUUUAUAAAAGCAUAAGAAUUUGUCUGUCUUCAUGAUAGAUGAUUCGAUUAUGACUAAAGGUCCCAGAGAUUUUUUUGGAAGAGAUUCUUGUAUCAUUUAUUAGGGGUCCUCUUAUGGAUUAUUAAGAAUAUAUAAAUAUUUCCAGAUGGUAAAAGGGCUGUGGUGUUCAAGGGUAGCAAAGUGGUAGUGCAGUGUCCAUUUUAUGGCUCCCUUUUGCACUUUUCUGCUCUGAGAUGAUCUAGUCCUAAGAUGUAUGAUGGGCUACUGAAUUCUCCAGGGGAGGUGGGGAGUGAUGUUAAGGCAUCCAUCCAUCCAUCCAUUUUCCAAUCCGCUUAUCCUACUGGGUCGCGGGGGGGUCCGGAGCCUAUCCCGGAAGCAAUGGGCACGAGGCAGGGAACACCCCAGGAUGGGGGGCUAGUCCAUCGCAGGGCACAUUCAUACACCAUUCACUCACACACCUAUGGGCAAUUUAGUAACUCCAAUUAGCCACAGCAUGUCUUUGGAUUGUGGGGGGAAACCAGAGUACCCGGAGAAAACCCCACGAUGACAUGGGGAGAACAUGCAAACUCCACACACAUGUGACCCAGGCAGACUCGAACCUGUGUCCCAGAGGUGUGAGGCAACAGUGCUAACCACUGCACCACCAUGCCGCCCCAUGUUAAGGCAUAAGAGUUCAAAAUCUAAAUGGAAAAAAAACAUUAAAAAAUCAUUGGUUGGCAUUUACCAGUUUUGGGCUGAGCCUCCUUUGUGAUUGGCUGCCCCAACCCACCCUGCCCCUCCCCCCCAUGGAACUGGGCCUGCAGCCUUGUAUUGGAAACCCUGGGCAGGCUAAGACUGUAUUGCUCUUGUCACAAAGGCAGAACUUUCUUAAGUCUACAGUAUUGAUGAAUAUUGAUUUUAAGAGUUCUCUUAACACAGCAUUUUAAUCUUGCCAGAAGGGUUGAAGGAGGCAGAAAAUGGGCCCACUGGUAUGAAAGUCCAGCCAGCUGACAUUGCAGGAAAAUGGAUGGUGUGAAUGCUCAAAUAGCAAAAUGGCAGAAUUAAAUAUUUUGAGGUACCGCUAGCUUAAUUUGUUAGCAUUUUAAAGCUAACAGUACUGUACUGCUCCUUGGUUCUCUGUAGUUACCUCCGUUAGCAUUGUCCUAAACACAGCAAAUGCAAACACUAGUCUUUCUUCUGAAGGAUAACAAAGAACACUUGGCUGCUUCCUCAAGGUCAGAGGGAAAUGAUGGACUGAUUAAAAUCAUUAUCACCCAGGUCUUUCUAAUGUGGUAACCAUAUUGCCACCUCUGUUAACUUAUCUUCGUGUCAUCUCGAAAUUUAAGAGCAUUCACCUUACAUUCACAGGUACGGACUGACUGUAAUGGAACAGACUGAAAUUGUUAAACACUGCAAACAUUUAUAUGUAACUCAUCCCACAUAGAAUAAAUGCAGGGGAAAUAUACCUGGGGAUAUCUGAAAACUAAAAAAGAGAACCUGAUACAGGUCCCUGAUAAUCCAAGAUAUUAAUGAACAAUUUCCACAGAUGGAAGAAUUUCCUAAAUCUGUCUAUAUGAUUUUGUGUGUAGUCCAUGUGGUCUGUUCUGUGUCUGCCAGAGAAAGUCCAGUUAAGGGAACACUAUGGGCUUUGAGAAUCUGGGACGUACGGUCCCAAAGGAUGUGCCUUACAUUUCACUUCUAAUAAGGAAACGCCCCCCCUCCUCUUGCUAUCUCAGUUGCUGUUUUCAUGCCCUUUGUCUGCCAUUGUGUUUGUUUGGUGUAUAUAUUUUAUAGCUUUGUAGUUCAUUUUCUGUCACUUUUUGCAUGCAGUAUACAUCAUGUGCCUAGUGUUAACUGGGCUGGUAUCAAAACUGCCCUGUCUUAUAGAUACUGCUGCUUAUAAAUAUGAAUUGCCAACAGCUAGUGAGCCUUUCCCUGUGUCAUGGUGGUUUUUUCUCAAUGAACUAAUUAAGAAAAUGUUGCUCUACAGUUCCCUCGUCAAACAGUGUAAUAGAUCACAGUGUUUUACGAUAGUUUAUAUAUUUUUUUUCUUUCUAACCUUUUAACAAUCAGCACAUCCUUGUUUGGAUGCUUCUAGGUUACCUAAUUUUUACAAGUAUUCUUUCUCAAAGAGGCACUGUGUAUAAGUGUUUCUGUGAUACUAAAUGUGAAACUUUUUCUCAUGGAAAAUGUGUUUUCAUUAAUAGAAUCCUUUGUUAUGACUGCCAUCAAUAAUGUUAUGUCUCUCACCAGUCUGUAAUACAAAAUGGAACAGAACUUGCUUCAAUUAACAGACCAUAUUGUCAGCUUUGCAAAGAACCUUGAUAUGAGCCCGUUUGACUAGUGUUUUGUCCAUUUUUCUACAUCAGUGCAGAUCAGAUUACCAACCAGAGGAGCAAAUCUUUGACUCUACAGAUCCCACCCGCUUUCUGCAAAUGUUAUUUUUCUUAUUUUUUUUCUUACAAGAUCUGUGCAGAAGCUCUCUAUUUCAGAGGCUUAUGUGAUGCUAUGAGUUUUUUUGUGUUGGGCUUAGUUGCCAUGCCUGUUAUUUGUAUUGGUAGUAAUUCUGUAUUUAGAUUUUCUUUGAAUCAGUAGGGUUAUACAGAUCCUUGGGGCCCUUCUAAUAGCAAUGCCUGAAAUACUCUGGUCAUAUUUUUUUUGGCUUAGCUUUUUCUUUGUGACAUUCUUUUAAGGACUUUUGCGAUGAUGAAACAUAAAAUCGGUGACACCUCAAUGAUUUGGACCUUUCUCAUGCAGAUGAAAAGAAAAGUGAUUUUUCAGUUGGAAAAAAAUCCGCACUCAUUGUUUUUUUAUAUGCCUUGAGUGUGGGUGUGGGGGAAUGUGUACCAAUGUGUACCAUGACGUACGUUUGUAAAUGUGGUGCUCCCGCAGGUCUAGUGCUGAUGGGUAAAAAAAUGCAGGUUAGAGUUUAAAAAUCAUGCAUAUGGGAGCAGGUUUAGUCUCUGGCAGGCAUACCUGUGAGUCACUUUACUGACAGCGACUGCGGAAGCUGUCAAAAUGUGCUAGCUGGAAGCUGAUAUCUGCCUCAGGGAAAGAUGGAAAGACCUCAUUUGUGAGCAGCUGCAUUCAGAAGUGCGUAAGUCAUAAUCAUGAUGAAAACAUACCUAGGGGAACGUUGACGGGUUUGGAUUAUGGUAGGGUAAGGUUCUAAGACUCUGGAAAACCCUGUUUUUAUGACUUCUGAGGUGGUAGACUUUUAUGGGUAUGAUACUGUAAUAAGUACUGCUGCAUGUUCCAGAAAUUGUACAGGGCUUUGUGGUGAAGAUAAGGGCUUGGCCGGUGAGGUUUACUGCUGUAGUCUUCCAAGCAUCAGCCUCAAGUUACAUCAAGCACCAACUGCUGCUGCUUCGGUUCCUCUUGUACUGGCAUGUAUCCCUGCAAAAGAGAUGCUGUCCACUGUGACUUGACGCUGCCUAAGCUGCAAAUGCUGGUGCAUUUUCUGUCCACUACCUCUGAUUUUGCUAGGCUUUCACUUAAAAGUCAUUAGUGAGGAAAUGGAGUGAUACACAGCGAGAAAUCCAAAAGAUCAGAAAAGUCUCAUCCUUUGGCCAAGUUGACCUUUUGUUUAGUUUAUUGAUGAUCUUCUUGAACCUGGUCCUUGUUUGGCAUCUAGACCUCCACAUAAGAAUAUCUUUGCCCAGAACAGCUUUGUUGUGAAUGUUUCCACUAGGCUGCAGGUCACUGAUACCUUUCCCUUAGGGAAUCACACCCAAGAAGAAACUUUAAUAUAAGAAUUUAAGGGCAGUCAGGUCGUUUAAGAGCCGAAUUGCACCUAGAUUAGAAGUGGCUCAUCUAAGAUCAUUUGUGGUUAGUUAUUUAAAUAACACAAAAUUGUCAUAUCGGAAGGAUUUCAUGGCUUGUAAAUUUUGAGUCUUUGACCUUGUUUAUCACAGGUAAAUGUUAGACUGAAACAUAGUUUUUUUUUCUUUUAAAUGUCCUUGAACAGAAGUGUCAAAAAAUUUGAACUAACUACAAGUCUGACACGUGUCCCUAAAACAAAGCUGCUUCUAUUUGUGUGCUUGUCCUUGGAGAGUAUCAAGGUGGCUACAGUCUAACUGCACUCUGAGCCCCAGGAAGCAGUUGAUGUUGGCAUUACUUUUUGGAUGACACCUCCUUGCAAUUCAGGAUCUGCAUACCUAUAAAGGAGGAUGCUUUUAGGUUAUAAUUUUCAUUUUAAAUCAAAGGAAAGUAGAUGAGAGGAAAGUAUAUAAUGGGUAAAAUUGUUUUUAAAUAUCCCAUCUGUUAUGCUCUCUAAAUGAAUAUAAAUUGGAUCUACAGUAAAUGUGUGAAGGGCAGUUGUCAAGUUAACCCAGUUUACGAAAGUAUCUGUUGAGUGAGGUGCUUAGCAUGUGAAGGAUUGAUAUACUGGUCUGGGUGUAGCCCUGCCCUGUGCCCUCUACUGCCUGGGUUUUUUUAUAGGUCUCCCCCUGCCCCCACCACCCAGACCAGAGGUAAUGGAUGGAGAAUGGAUGGAUGGACAGAUAUAGUAUUUAGCUUAACAACUGUCCCUCAAAUAUAAACAAGGCAGACUAAAGACAUUCUGUCUUGGAACCUUCAACCUUUUCUGAUGGCAGAAGCUCUCGACUGGAUGGAACAAAGUGUGAUGCAGCAGCACUUUCCCAACCAACAUCGUUUUUGUGAGAGGUGUGGACCGAAUGUGUUUCUGUGUAUCCUACAGAUUUUAGCAGUGACACGGCUGCUUUAUUCAUGUAGCUGAACAUCUUGUGCUCUACUGGAGUACAAAUAACAAUGCUUUAAAAAUAUAUUGGGAGGUAAUUUCAGUUAUAUGGCUGCUUCUCUCCUCCUGGAUAUGACUGUUUCCCUCCUUUUGAUUUUAUAAAGUGUGAAAGCGACCACAAUAAAGCCCUGCAAGAGACAGUGUCUCAUCAGUAGCUUAAUGAUGCGCAGUCUGCUAAUGCUUGGUGUGAAAUGGACACCAAUAUGGCUGCACCAGUAUAUUAUUGCAUUAAUGGCAGAAAGCCAUAACUGUUUUUAAGUUAUUAAUUACUGUGUCCUAGAUUCAGUAUUUGACUGUAUUUUAUAAAACCCUUGAGCUUACUCUUCUAUGCAUAUUUGGUCUUUUAUGGGUUUUUUUUUGCAACAAGAGCAUCUCUUUUGAUGAGUGUUACAAUUUCUACUAGGAUCGUCAUUAAUGUCUACUACUGUAAGUACUGAACCAUUUUUGAUGUAUGGAGUUGUUCUAGCUAGCAAGAAGAGGGCUUCUCCUUCACCAGCUCUUACCAUCACAAGCACUCUCAUGUUUUCUGCCAGCUGCAGCAGCCGUGUGACACACAGCUCUUGAAAAGCACAGCCUGAUUGGAAGCUACUGGAAACUGAAUACAGAGAGGGGAGUGGGGCAUGUUGGCAACCAGUUACUCUCACACUUACAUAUUCAGCCAGCCCCGUUUGCCAGUUCAUUCACAGGUCAGAGAAUGAAUGAAAGGUGUAGUCCUGCACCUUACCAAUUACACUGUACAUAAACAGUGGAAAGCAGGAAGUACUUCCAGCUUAUCUGUUAACUGUCAAAUGGUUAUCUGUAGCGUUAGAUUUGUCGUAACCAGAGCGCUGCAGAGGAAGUAAUGCUCACUAUCACAUAAUAAAUUAGACUUAUCUGAAUAUCGCAGCACAAAUCAGAGGCCGCUGCCCAGUUUUCCCAUGUACCUUUCCUGGGGACAACAUUUAUGAAUAUUUUGCUGAGUUUGGUUUUUAUCUUUUAGAUGUGCUGGAUAAGCUGGGACCUUAGAACAUUAUUAUUGCACUUGCACUCAUAAUUUUUUGCUCAUUGCAACAGGCAAAGAGAAAAGUAAUUGAAGAAUAAUGGCUCUUUCUGCCUGAAAGGGUCAGUUAGAUCAGUAGCAUACAGCAUUAGGCAGGGACUGUCUGGAUUCUCUACAUGGUUUAUUUGAACUUCUUUUGGGUUCUCCAUACUGAUGAUGGAAGGUUAAUGAUGGCAGAGGUUAUUGUAGCCACCCGGCCACACCUUUCCGACAGCUUUUGCACCCACCAUUCAUUUGGAUGACUUCCUUCCUGCCCUGAGCUCUAUUAUCCACACAGCUGGGACGCCACAGAUUGUGUCUGCGUCUCGCAGCACCCAGAGAUGCCCAGCCCGGUGACAAAUGAGCCGUCGCAGCAGGCACCAGUUAGGCGGACUGGGGAGAGCAGGAUGGAAGGAGUAGGGCCGUGGGGUCACCCGCUGCUGGUCUUGGCCCUCGCUACAGUACAUGGCCAUGACUCUCUUUUCAGUGGAGUCAGUGCAGCCAAUUCAGGACUCCCGUUGUUUUUUCUUUAACCCUGUGGACUCAUAGCUAUGGGUACCCUUGAAGAGCCCCUCAUGCAUGUAGAUAGGUGUGUUUCACUUUAAGAGCCAUCCAUACUUGGUCCAUCAGCAUGGAGGAGUGGUUUAUUCCAUUCAAACCUGACUUCCAGAUCUCGCCCUCUGUACGUUGAAAAUUAUGCAUUUCUGUUUUUGGCAAGAUUUCUUCCUUUCAUUUCUUAAUGUGCGGGCAACCUUCUGCCUGUCAAUACCCAGCCCCACCAAGCAUCACAUCGAGUAUUUUCUAGGUCAGUUCCCCCUGCCUCUCUCCCUCGCCAUAAAUAAUGCAUCCAACUUCCGGUAAACGGCUGCAUUUAUAAGGAAAUUAAUUUGUAGCUAGCUGAGUAACAGCCACAGGGAAAGGCUCUGCUAUUUUUUCAUUCAUCGUCAUUUUAAUUUUCCCUCAUAUAUUAUAGUCGGGUGUUAUGGAUACAAGUUGAUGUUAUUUUUUUUAAAGCACUGACUUCUAUUCUACAUCAUACAGAGUUUGUGUGUGCAUCUGCUAUAUCUACACACGUUUUCUAUUUGUUUGAAGCAGACUUUCUUAUUUUAAAUACAACCAGCAAGGAGAAAAACACAUUCUAAUGAUAUUAUAUUAAAAGGUCCAUCCAUCUUACAACCACUUAUCCUGGACAGGGUCACAAAGAGGCCUGGAGCCUAUCCCAGGAGUACAGGACACAAGUCAGACUACAACCUGGACAGGGCACUAGUCCAUCAAUGUUUGUCAUAGAAGGUUUACAGUGUGUGUUUGUUGCAAGGACAAGCACUUUUUGUUUUCUGUAGUUUAUUCAUAUUUUGACUUCAUAAUGGCAUGGUUUUAACACCUUUGCAUCAUAGAUGUUGCUUCUUUAAUGUUAUUUAACAGAAUGAUAUUCGUUAAAAGAGUUUUUCUGAAGCUGGUGAAAUUUUGACUUCUGCAUGGAUGGAUCCAAAAAUUUUGUCUGAUCAACAUUAGGUAAUGAUGAUAAUCAAUUCUUAUUUGAACACAUAUUUUACAUUGCGAUACAAAUGGUUGGAACAGUAUAGGUCACGAAUGGAAAAAUAUGUGAAGUCUUAUAUUAAAUGAUUAGUGGAACCUCCUUUUAUAACCUCAAGCAUACACUUUCUGUAGCUGCUGAUCAGACACAUGCUGUAGUUAGGAGCUGAGAUUGGCUUGAAUGGAAACAGCUGCUGCUGUUUCAGCCAGCCUGUUGUUGAUUUUGACUCUGUGUUUUUAGCAGAGUCACUCUGUCCAUACAUAAUAAUAUUAUUCUCUGUGUUCCUUCAUGUUGUUCUAAGGCUGAUCAGAAGGAAAUACUUGAUAGGCAUAUUGUGUGCGUGUGUUUAUAUAAAAUAUUGAAUAUUGCUGUAGGACGUGAGCAGUUGUUUGAGAUCUAAGCAACUACCUGGCAUAACUGCACAUCAAUUAUAAAAUUACUGUAAUUUUUGCAUAAAUAAAAUAUGUGUGUGUAUAGGGUGUUAAAUUUAAACUGGUCACCAUUUACAUGUCCAUAUAUUUUAUUCCCUAAUAUGCACUUCUGUUAUGCAUACACAGGGUAGUAAAUACAGUACAGUGUUUACCAAAAUAUGUUGCAUAUGUUGAAUAUGUUGAAAUAUGUUGCAUUUUAUAUUAUACAUAUUUACAACUUGCCUUGGUAGAUAGCCUCUGGCUUGGGCUAAUUGGCAUGUCUGUAUAUCCUGUAGAGUGAUUGUGUGUGUGCUCUGUGAUGGAUUGGCAUCUUUACCCUCGCCUUGUGCCUUAGCUGCCUAGGAUAAACUUCAGCUGCCACCCCCCCCCCCCCCAUUCCUCACCAUGGACGGAUUGAUAGAUGUAUACAUAUAUUUUUAAAAGCUAAAAAGGUAUGCAGAGUCAUAGUCAUAAGCAUAACCAUAAUUCAAGUCAUUUGCGUUAUAACAGGAAAUGCUUUAUGGACGUAUUGGGAAUUCUUUUGAAUGAAUUUCAGUUGUAAAUCCAAAAGUGGGCAUGGCUUAGUUAACUAGUAGUGGAAGUGCUUGACAGAUUACAGCUAAAUGUGUUUUAUUUUGCAUUGUAUUAAGCAGAUAACCCACCUUCAUUUUUCAGUUGUAGUCCUCCAUAUCCCACUAUGAAAUUGCUAAGAGUCAUUAUUGUGGAAACACAAGCUUCUCCCAGUAGGGGAGGCUUAUGAGACAUAUCGGUGUUCCAAUAGUCAGCUCAUACUAAUUACUCAUUAAAUAUGCAGCUUGUACGGUAUUAAUUAAAUCCCACUGGUAUCACUGUUGGCGCCAUUUUAAAAUUCACAUUACGCCCACUAGCGUGAACCUGUGUACUUCUUAAUAAAACGUGGCCAUUUCCAUUCUUCUUCACCUCAAGAAGUCUGUUUCUCAUUCAAUAUUAAUGUCUAGUCAGUGUUGCUUCCGGGAGACUUACAGUCCUACAAAUCCCUAGAGUCAGCGCUACCUAGAAGGGUAACGACAUGUAUAGUAUUAAAAGUGCGGGAACAGUUUGCGGCAAUGAAUGGUGAAUCCAUGGACCAUCUGUAAAGAAAAUAUCAUUACAGUUAAGGUGAAACAGGGAGAAUAACAGCAAGUCAUUUGAUGGUAAAGUUGUAAAUCUCAUAAGCAUAAUGGCAAUCAGAAGAUUUGCAUCACUUUGCAAGUAUUGUAAUUUUCACUGUCGUAAAACACCCCAUCCCCGAUUAUAAGAAAAUGUGAAAGAGAGAGGACUGUCUUGUAAUUUUAAAACAACCAUGUGAUUCUCUAGGGAAGCAUCAUAUGUCAGUUUCACUGGUACACUACCCUCGGCCUCUCACAUUAGCAUAAUCAAUGGCCCUGCCGUUAAGACGGGCUGGGGGUGGGGCUGUCUGCGAGCCUUUGAUUCGUUGCCAUUCUUCUUAAUUGGAUCAUGUAGAGAUCAUUUCACUCAGUCUGUGUAGUCAAAGGAGGAAGGAGUUGACACGCAUUCAGAGAGAGAGAGAGAGAGAGACUGAGGGAGGGAGCGAGAGAGAGAGAAAGAGAGAGAGAGAGAAGGGGGGGAGAGAGAAAGAAGAGAAAAGGGGGAGUAUCCAGACUCUGGGUCUUCCGCGUUUGGUGUGCUGCUCUGUCAGAGGGUGAUGGUGCACUACUCUGAGAGCACCGGCACCUGCUGCUCCCCCACGGUACAGCAUCCUGCGACCGCUGCCUGAGCACAGCAGCAUGUCGUUCAUGCGGACACAGCUCCUUCCUCUUCCUUCGUCUCCUCCUCCUCCGCUGCCACUCCCGGCGCCACUGCGUCCCUGCCAACCUGUGUUUGCGUCGCCCGGCUCCCAGUCCAGAGUCUCCAGGUGAGUGGAGGCUGCUACACCUCAGGAUUUGCACCCGGCUGGACUAGAUAAGACGGAAAGCCAGCUCUGCUAUUUACGUCUUUUAUUUUCUACAUUAUUCAUGCAUUUAUCCGUGCAGCUUUUUUGUGUGUUUUUUAACACGACGGACGGAAUGCCUUAAGGUCCCGGAGGAAGGACAGACUCGCUUGCACGUCCGUGUACUCCCGAGCUGCUAACAAGGUUAUUCUGCUCCUGAAAAGCAUCUUCUCUUUUGCCCCCCCCCACCCCCCGAACUUGAUCUGAUAAUGGAAGAUGCACUUUAUUGCCCCCACUCACCGCUACCGUGUCACGCUCCAAGCUAAGAGUCCUAGCUUUCUGAGAUCUUCGUCCGAGUGAGGAUGUCAGAGGGAGCAGAGGAGUCCUCCACCGGGCUUGUGGCCCCUCCCAGCUCGGCGUCCCCUGCCAACUCCGGAGUGGGCCCAGAGGAGGAGCACUCUGCAGCAGGUGCUGGUGAAGAGGGGGAGGGGAGCGCCCCCCCAGGGCCGGUGGGCCUACCGGUGACCUGCUGCGUGUGCCUGGAGGGGGAGCAAGUGCACGGCUGCUUGCGUUCUGAGAAGAUCUGCAUCCUGCCCAUCCUGGCCUGCCUGCUCAGUCUGGCCCUCUGCACAGCUGGCCUCAAGUGGGUCUUUGUGGACAAGAUCUUUGAGUACGAGCCGUCCACACACUUGGACCUGAAACGCAUUGGAUCAGACCCUCUCAUUGUCGCUGACCCCACAGAAGGUCUCCCCAAGUCAUCCCCUCAGUCUUACAGCUCUGCCCCAACUUCAACCACAGGACAAUCUGAGGUGCCCUUGAAAAACACCCCAACUACAGGACCCUUCAGUCCCCCGUUGCCCAGAGUGACUGUGUACAAUCCCACAUCGGUGCACACCAAAUCCCCCAGCGUGUCUGGACCUCCCAGUACCACCAGGCCGGCCAGGACAGAGACUGUAACGCCUUGUUCUCAACCCAACGUGGAAUCUAAUGCCAUACACAUUCCCAAGUUCUCAGUCACCAGCACCACACCUCCCGUGAGGACCUCAAGCCAUGAGACACGCUGCCCCGAGAGUCAGAAGAACUACUGUGUAAAUGGAGGAACGUGUUUCACCAUCCAAGUCACUCCCGGCACCAACAAACUCCUGUGCAGGUGCCCAAAUGAAUUUGCUGGUGAUCGCUGCCAAAACUACGUAAUGGCCAGCUUUUACAAGCAUCUUGGGAUUGAAUUUAUGGAAGCAGAGGAGCUGUACCAGAAGCGUGUGUUAACCAUAACUGGAAUCUGCAUCGCUCUUCUUGUAGUCGGCAUCAUGUGUGUCGUCGCCUACUGCAAAACAAAGAAGCAAAGGAAGAAGCUGCAGGAUCGGCUGAGGCAGAGUGUGCGGAAUGAACGGAGCGCCAUGCCCGGCAUGGCCAAUGGCCCACAGAUGCACAGCCAGGCACCCGAGAAUAUUCAGCUGGCUAAUCAAUAUGCCUCAAAAAAUGCCAUUCCAGCAGAACAUACCAUCGAGAAGGAGACGGAGACGUCCUUUUCUGUGAGCCAGUACACCUCCUCAGCACAAAACUCCACUGCUGUGACUCACAGCUGCAGCCAGAGCUGGAGCAAUGGUGGGCGUGGUGAAGGCGUCCUCUCAGACAGCCGGUCCGGCCCAGUGGCCUCCUCCAUGGAGAACAGCCGGCACAUCACCCCUGGAAGCCGCCGAGGACGGCUGAACGCAACCGGCUGUGCCCGUGACCUGAAUGUGGCCUAUCUAAAUAACCCCAGAGAGACUCCCGACUCCUAUAAGGACUCUCCAUACAGUGAGAGGUAUGUUUCAGCCAUGACAACCCCAACUCAUAUAUCUCCAGUGGAGCUGCCGUGCCCAGCAUCCCCAAAAUCACCCCCCUCUGAAAUGUCUGCACCCCUGUCAAGUCUGGCCAUGUCAGUUCCCUCAGUCGCUGUCAGCCCUCAGGGGGAAGAGGAACGUCCCCUGCUGUUCACCACGCCCCCUCGGUUACGGGAUAAACAGCAUCAGGACCACGCCUACUCUAACGGCAACCAAUACCAGCGCAGUUCUGCCCACUACAACCACGGACUCGAGGCUAACAGCACUCCACCCAGCCCCCAGAGGACAGCGGAGGACGAUGAUUACGAGACGACACCAGAAUACGAGACGACCGUGCCUCAGCCUUCAAAGAAGCUCGCUGGCGGCCGAAGGGCCUCAAGAGCCAAGGUCAAUGGUCACGUGGCCCACAAGCCAGAGUCCAAAAGUGACAGCAGCUCUGAGAGCAGCAGCUCGGAGAGCGAAACUGAAGACGAGCGAGUUGGUGAGGACACACCCUUCCUCAGCAUACAGAACCCGCUGGCUGUCAGCCUCGAGUCGGCCACUUCCUGUAGGCCUAGCGACAGCAGCAGGACUAACCCGGCGCUCCGGCUGUCUGCCCAAGAGGAUCUGCAAGCCAGGUUAUCGAGUGUAAUAGUGAAUCAAGAUCCCAUUGCUGUAUAAAGUGAAAAUAAUAAUAUUUACCGAAAAAAAGAAAAAAAAACUUAGGUCCAAGAUAAAGAUCAGAGUCACCACAAAACCUUUAUUUUAUAUAAAUUAAGUAUUUGAGGGAAAUAAUUUAAAGAUAAUAAAACUUUUAUUUUAGCGAAGUAGUAGUGAAUAAAGUCUUUUAUAAAUUAAAAAAAUGUGUGCAAAAUGUGUUCGUGUCAUGGAAGAAAGUGCCAUACACUCGUAUGUAGCGAAGGUCACAGUAUUUCAAUGGAGAAAUUAUCAAUGGUGCCUUUGUUUUCAGUUCUGUGAAAAUUAAAAAUAACUGCAUUAUGACACUGGGCCAUAUAUUCAAGAACUUCAUCAAGCAAAAGAUUUCCUUUAUUUGAUGUGACGUGACAUCCAGCCAGCAAAAUUAAUUUAGCUUCACAAUGACCACAUAGAGGUUAUAUCCAUAGCUGUAUAAUAACCAUAAUUAUUAACAAUAUUUUGAUUUAUGUUAAUGCAAAAAAAAAAAAAACGUAAGGAGCAGCAAAAUAUAGGGCAUGAGCAGGUGUAAAAUGCAUUUUCACAGAAUACUGAAGAAGAGCAAAACGUAUAUAUAUUUAAGAAAUAAAGAGAAGAGCAUUAGACACAAAUGUGCAAUAAGGCUUAGUGUGUUCUCCGUCACAUCAAACAUUAACACUAAUUGUCGAGCUUCUAUGCAAUUUUUAUGAUCACUCAAGGUAAAAAAGAAAACUUACUGAACAGGAGAGUAAGUAACGUAAUGGAAGAGCAUGUGAAUAGUGUACGUAACUGCAAAUUAGCGACGACCUAAUGGUACACAAACCAAUUAAUCGCAAGAUUGUUUUGUUUAACUUGAUGAACCUCUUGAAUAUCAAAGAAUAUAUAACGCAAACUAUUUCAGUCAAUUUACAUUAUGGCUGUAAAUCAUAAAUUAUUUUUUUUUUACUGACCCUUAAUUUUAAUUGGCAUCACGUAAUGAACAGUUUUCAUCUGUGAUUUUUUUUGUCUAUGUCAUUUUUAUCAUUUAAUGAUUUUGUUUUUAAUACAGUAUGGUUUUGAAUAUGUAUGCAGCUUUGAAUAUAUGGCUCAACUACAAAGUGUUGCCACACAUCUAUUGGCCCUUAAUGCAUUCUGGGGAUUAUUACCGCACCAUUUAUUUAAAAUGUAUAUGUAGAUAAGAGAAACAGUUUUUUUUCUGUUUUUAGAAGUUUAUUGCCAUAAAAUUUAAAUGUUAUGUUUGCAUUGUUUAACAUCAUGUGAAAUAUCACAUUAUUCAAAGUGUUACUUUGUAUUUUUUAUUCUUUUGUUCUUUGCAAUAGCUUUAUAUGUGUAAAUUGUAUUCUGUAUAAAAUGUUAUAAUUUUUAAUACUAUAACCUUUUUGUUACAUUCUGAAAUUAGGUUCAACAUUCAGUACACAGCCCAUGUUGUAUGGAGUGAUCGAACAUACACGGACCAAUGUUGCCCCCUGUACAGAAACACCAUGGUUCCUCGAAAAGAAAUAAAUGAAUAGAACUAAAUUACAUAUUUGUCUUUGGCUAUGUAACUCUUUGGGCUUGAGUACACUGCAGCGUUUUGUCUGUUUUUGUUUCUGUAUUUCUUUUUCUUUGAAGACCAGCUUAUCACUUGUCCAGUGUACACAUGCCCUUCAGGACAGCAGAAAGGUGUUACCAAAAACUUAGCUUUGAUCAAUUCUAAUAUACUCCUCGUAAAGCAGGUCCACUGAAGAAACGUUAUUUAUAUAUUAUUAUUUAUUUAUUUAUUUGUGUAUUUAUUUGUUUAUUUGGGCCUUGUCUAACCAGAUGAUUAGAGAUUCUAUAUUUUAUUCAGCAUUAUUUUCUGAACAUCUGAUUUUUUUUUAGUUUUCAUUGUGGUUUGCAAUUCCUUCACAUUUUUUUUCUAUAUGGAAUUUUUCCAAUAUUUUUCCCAUUGAUAAUAUUCUGUUAAUAAAUAUAAUUAAGAUGCACAUUUUUCAUAUUUUUAUUUUGUAUUUUGGGUCUCACUGACCAUUAGUGUUCAGUUGUAUGACUAGAAAAAAUGCCUGAGUCUGCGACAAUUUUGCAUGUCCACAAGUCAACUUGCAAACUUUGAGUUGCACAAGAGGAAUGCAUGCAUGAUGAAGGAUGACGAAAUGAUCCAUCAGUAUGAUGACGGCUAUGUUAAUAACAACCGGGAGUCUUCCAGUCCCGCUCUGCAUCCUCAUUAAAGAUGUGCCUCUUCCAGAUUCA